AGCUGCCGCCUGCACCCGGGAGCCCCCGCCCUGGAGGUUCCCCUUUUAAAGGGACGGCGAAACCCGAACCGCUCAUCCUGGAAGGGCGACCCACAGCCUGGAUUCCUCUGCUGACCUUCCUCCUUCCCCGCCGAAGGGAUUCCAACCCUCCCGCCUCCUUGAGCGCAGUUAGGUGGUGGAUUCAACGCAGGCUGGGAAGAAACUCGACAUUCAAUCCUUUUGCUUCUCCCCGGACUUCUUGGAGCUGCGCCGGCGUUUCUCCCCAGCCAGAGACGCCUCUUAGUAAGGCUGCUAGCAGCCCCGAAUACUCCCUGCCCCGUCCCCAGGCUCGGAAACAUGGAGAGUCUUUCUACAGCAAACACCACCUUUGCCCUGGACCUCUUCAAGCAGCUUUGUGCACAAGAGCCUACCAAGAACUUGUUUUUUUCUCCUUUGAGUAUAUCUUCGGCACUGCUGAUGGUCUUGUUGGGGGCCAAAGGCAAUACAGAAGCUCAGAUGUCAAAGGUGCUCUCUGUAUCCAAAGAUGGAGAGGUUCACCCAAAAUUUGAGAAACUGAUUUCUGAAAUCAACAAACCAGGGACCAAUUAUAUCCUCAGCCUAGCCAACCGGCUCUUUGGAGAAACAUCAUACGAUUUUCUUGCAUCCUUUAUAGGAGCCACUGAGAAAUUCUACCAUGCAAGUCUGGAAAAACUUAACUUCAAACAAGCUUCAGAAGAUUCAAGAAAACAUAUAAAUGCCUGGGUAGCAGAGAAAACCUCAGGAAAAAUUCAGGAUCUGCUUGUCCCUGGAACAAUUGGUUCGGGUACAAAACUGGUUUUGGUGAAUGCUAUCUAUUUCAAGGGGAACUGGGCAGAUGAGUUUGACAAAAAUCAAACACAGGAAAAGCCAUUCCGGAUUAACAAGAAUGAAAAGAAAACAGUGCAAAUGAUGUUCAAGAAAGAACACUACAACUAUGUCAACAUAUCGGCCUCUCGGAUUUCCAUUCUUGAGAUUCCAUAUGUUGGUGAUGAGUUGAGCAUGAUCAUUCUGCUCCCCGAUGAGAUUGAAGAUAACUCUACUGGAUUGGAAAAGCUGGAGAGAGAAAUUACGCAUGAGAAACUCAUGGACUGGAUCAAUCCAGAGAAUAUGUUCCCAAGAGAAAUUGAACUCUCCUUUCCCAAAUUUAAACUGGAAGAAACAUACGACCUGAAGCCUGUUCUGAAAAGCAUGGGAAUGACGGAUGCAUUUGAUGAGGGCAAGGCAGACUUCUCUGGAAUGUCAACUAACAAUGAUUUAGUCAUCUCUGAAGUUGUUCACAAAUCAUUCAUAGAAGUCAAUGAAGAAGGCACGGAGGCAGCUGCUGCCACUGCUCUCCGCGCAUGUGGAUGUUCAAUGUUUCCGGUGCCAGUGCCACAAUUCAAAGCUGACCAUCCCUUCCUCUUUUUUAUUAUUCAGCGAGCUACAAAGAGCAUCCUGUUCUUUGGUAGGUGUUGUUCUCCGUAAUAGGUGUUGGGCCAUGUUGAUUAAAUGCCUUAACUCCUCAAAUUUCUUUAUAAGCCACUUUCCCAAGAACUUUCAUCAACACACAUUUGUUUUUCUCUGUAUUCGGAGUAUACUUCCUUCUAGUCAUAUGGAGAGCCGAGGUGGCGCAGUGGUUAAGGUGCAGUACUGCAGGCCACUUCAGC